AUGGAUUGUUUGACUCCUUCACCUUUGGAUUUCACCGGAAACAGGUUCCGGUUCAACUCCAGUUCUAUCGAUUCCUCAUCGAAACUGUCUGUUGAUACACUGAGCCAAAUCUCUCCUCUAGAGCCUCCAAAAGACCCACCCAGCUCAGGUGGUAUUUCCAAAGGAUACAUAAAGAAUAACAACAAUAAGACAAGCAGGAAACAGUGUGUCAGUGCAAGCAGUGGUAGCCAGAGAAGCAAUCACAGCAGCGGAGACAGCAGUGGAGGCUCGAGUGUAAACAGUGUUUUCUAUAGAUCAAAGAACGGUGCUGUUAAUGAGUACGUCAGGGGGCCAAGUAAGGUUGGAAGAAAGACAGGUGCUCAAAGACUAAUACCCAACGGAGCCGCUAAGGUCAACGAUGCAACCCCAUGCUUGUCAUUGAAGUCAAAAGUAACAUCUGAAGAAGUGACUUACACGAUCACCGAUGAUAUCGAUGAUGCUUCCAACCAAACAGCGUUUUUACCUCCGCCUCCAACGGAUAUUGACUCUGACAGCGAUAGUGUUGGCAGAUGUGAUAUUGGUGGUCCUUGUUCCCCACGCCAUCACGAUUGGAGAAGCUCUGAAGAUCUGAGCAAGUCACCUACAUCCAGGAGAAUGGGGCGCGGAAACAGCAGAUGUCUUUGCUGUAUGCUUUUGGUCUUUGUGCUGUCUACAAUUGGCUUGUCGUCAGUGCUGGUGCUUUUACAUCUGGGGAAGUUGCAGUUGGCUGCGAUUCAAAGCAGUCACAGGUAUAAUGAGAAAGGUGGUGGAGCACUCGGCGAAGGGGCUUUGGUCCGAGAGAUUUGUGAGACCCCUUUGUGCCUGAAGACAUCCUCCAGCAUCUUGUCGCGAAUGAACGCCAGUGCCAACCCAUGCGAGAAUUUCUACAACUACGCCUGUGGCGGCUACACGAAAGAAGUCGACCUGUCUUGGUUCCAGACACGUAUACGAGAAUCACCCGAAGAAAUCAUUCAAGAACAUCGCAAGUUUAUCAUUG